AGUGGAAGUGGAAGAAGAGCAAAAGUCCUUGGCAGCUCAUACUCCGUAUGACUGAUAACAGCUCUCCUCAUUAGUCAUUUAAGAUUCUCCACCUCCAGUUAGGUUUCUCACGAACACUUACAUUUUCUCAGAAAUUUCCCGAGAAACAAACGGAAGAAAGAACUGAAGAGACAGUCAGACAGGCAAAAAGAGCAAAGCUUUGCUACUCUCAAAACCCUAGACCCGAUCCAUGACAAGGAGCAGAAUCAUUAUCUGAGACAUUGACAAAAAAAGACUGAAAUCGUUUCGAAUCGAAAGUUGAGGACCUUAAAAAAGCUUGAGUUUUAGUGUUGUAGAUGGAGAGAUCUAGAUCCAAGAGAAACUAUUACUACGACCAAGACUAUGAUGGAGAGAAUAUGGGUAGAACAAAACCUCGGUACAACAACCAUCAGUACCUACCCAAUAGUCACCGCCACCGUGGCAACAAUCCCAACAACAGCAACAACGGCCGACCUCCGAAUAAAGGCGGUAGCGGUGGCGGACAAGAUUCUUACCUUAUGGUCACCACAAGCUACCGCAUUCUCUGCCACGACAAGAAAGCCGGGGGUGUAAUCGGCAAGUCGGGUAGCAUUAUCAAGUCCAUAAGGCAACACACCGGCGCGUGGAUCAACGUCCAUGAGCUGUUUCCCGGCGACGAAGAACGCAUCAUCGAGAUAUCAGACACGCGCCGCCGUGACCCUGAAGGAAGAAUGCCGUCGUUUUCGCCUGCUCAGGAGGCGUUGUUCCUUAUACAUGAGAGGAUUCUGGAAAGUGAUUCGCAGUUUGGGUUUGGUGGUUGUGAAGGAGAGGAGGAGGAUUACGGAGGGAUGGUGAGAGGAGGAGGGAAUAGGGUGGUGACGAGGUUGGUGGUUUCGAGGAUGCAUGUGGGGUGUUUAUUGGGGAAAGGAGGGAAGAUCAUUGAGCAAAUGAGAAUUGAAACAAAGACUCAGAUUAGGAUUCUACCUAGAGACCAUACGCUGCCCCGUUGCAUUUCCAUGUCUGAGGAGAUUGUUCAGGUUGUUGGUGAUGUAAAUGCUGUAAAAAAUGCUAUAGCAAUUAUUUCAUCGCGCUUAAGGGAGAGUCAACAUCGUGACCGAAGUCAUUUCCAUGGACGAAUGCAUUCACCGGAGUGGUUUUUCCCUGAUGAUGAUUAUAUUCCACAGGUAAACAAUGCGUCACGUAGGUCAUCUAUGGAUGGGUCGACUUUUGGUUCACGAAUGUCAACUACAAAUUACAGAGGCAAUAAUUAUUCCUCACGUCCAUCUGGCUUCAUUGAAGCUGGGACUGCUCCUAUGGCUGACAGUGUACAGCCUCUUUAUGGUGAGGAUCUUGUGUUUCGAAUACUUUGCCCUAUUGACAAGGUUGAUAGUGUUUUUGGAGAGCCAGAUGGCUUAGUAGAUUUACUCCAAAAUGAAAUUGGUGUGGAUGUCAAGGUUGCUGAUCCUGUGGCUGGGUCAGAUGAGCAGAUAAUUACCAUUUCUUCGGAGGAGGGUCCUGACGAUGAGUUGUUUCCAGCUCAGGAGGCUUUAUUGCAUAUCCAAACUCAGAUUGUUGACCUUGUUCCUGAUAAAGAUAAUGUUGUAACUACUAGGUUACUUGUUCCAUCGAGUGAAAUAGGAUGUUUAGAAGGAAGAGAUGGAUCACUAUCUGAAAUGAGAAGAUUAACUGGUGCAAACAUACAGAUCUUGUCGAAAGAAGAACUUCCUUCUUGUGUAUCAGGACCUGAUGAGAUUGUACAGAUUGUGGGGGAGAUAAAGGCAGCUCGAGAUGCUAUUGUUGAGAUCACAUCACGAUUGCGAAGUUACUUAUUUAGGGAAUUCUCUCAGAGGGACACUUCACCAACACCACCUAUAUCUGUAACUAUUGGGAAUGUUUCAGGACUGGAGAAUGCUUCUCCAAACUUAACUCCAGCUCGUGAUAGUCAAACUUCCAGUGUACCUCCUGCUGGAGCCUAUCAGAAUGUGCAAACUUUGGCGACACCACCAUCAUUAAAGGAAGUAGUGAACUCUGGCAUUGAAAGCAUAAAGCAGGCUGAAAGUGAACGCCGUGAAGAUGUACCAAGUGCAGUUAGCAGAAUCCCUGUACCACUUGUUACUAGGAGUACACUUGAAGUUGUCAUACCAGAGCAUGCAGUUCCCAAACUAAUAACAAAAUCAAAAAACAAACUAGCACAGAUCAGUGAGUUGUCUGGUGCCAAAGUGACUCUGGUAGAAGAUAGACCGGAUGACACACAAAAGAUCAUUCAAAUAUCAGGUACUCCAGAGCAGUCUGAGAGAGCCCAGAGCUUGCUUCAAGGCUUUAUAUUGAGCACUCUAGAGGAUGGACCUUAAGCUACUACUGCUAGUAUGCAUGCUAGAACUCGAAGCUGUCUGUAUGGGGACAGUGCCGAUAAGAUUUUCUCUACAUAAUCUGUUUCUCCAGAUGUAUAAUACUGGAGUGUAAGGAGCUCGGUGUUCCAGAUCAUGUAGGCAUAAAACAAUUUGCAUGUCUUCACUUAGCGGCUGUUAUAGAUUGAGACUGUUCGGAAGGGCGAGAGAGCUCCAUUGUAAAUGUAACAUCAGGAGCUCUUGUCCAAGUUUUUCUUUCCUGCAAUGCAUCAAUUUUCCUGAAUGAAGAAAGACUAAAGUUGAUUUUGUUGUUCAAAAUUCUGCUUUGCCAUUGCAUCUAUCAAUGUAAGUUUUUGAAAUUUCAGAUUUCAUUUUGCUUGGUUUUUAGUAAUCUGUUUUAAACCACGUAAAACAUUAUCAACUGUCUAUCAUUUCAAUGAAUAAAAAACGGCAUUAUGCUGACAGGUUAUCAAAGCCAGGUCAAUCUUAU